AUGCCUCCCAAGCCCGCCGACAAGAAGCCCGCCUCCAAGGCCCCCGCUACUGCCUCCAAGGCCCCCGAGAAGAAGGAUGCCGGAAAGAAGACUGCCGCCUCUGGCGACAAGAAGAAGCGCACCAAGGCCCGCAAGGAGACCUACUCCUCCUACAUCUACAAGGUCCUCAAGCAGGUCCACCCCGAUACCGGUAUCUCCAACCGCGCCAUGUCUAUCCUGAACUCCUUCGUCAACGAUAUCUUCGAGCGCGUCGCUACUGAGGCCUCCAAGCUCGCUGCCUACAACAAGAAGUCCACCAUCUCCUCCCGCGAGAUCCAGACCUCUGUCCGCCUCAUCCUCCCCGGUGAGCUUGCCAAGCACGCCGUGUCGGAAGGCACCAAGGCCGUUACCAAGUACUCCUCCAGCACGAAAUAA